AGAGUCAGUGGUUUCCAUGGUGAUGGAGCUGAAAGUGCAGGAAAUUUAAAGGCUUGGACCCUGCGAGACAGACAAACCGGUGCCAACGUGCGCGGACGCCGCCGCCGCCACCGCCGCUGGAGUCCGCCGGGCAGAGCCGGCUGAGCAGCCCGAAGCAGGCGGAGAGAAGUGGCCCAGGACCCGCUCGACCGGAGGCUCCGCACAGAGAAGCAGGACGCCGAGCGGCCGGAGGAGGAGGAGGAGGGAAGAGGCUCGUCCACGCGCCCUGCGCCGCCGGCAGCCGGGGAGAGAGCAGCGAGGAGCCGGCGCCCCCAGCGCCCCACGGUCCCGCUGGAGUAAUCUCGGAUGCCCGGCCGCGGCCGCCUUCCCAAGUAGAGCGGCGGGGGGGAGUUGCGACCAACUCGUGCGCGUCUUCUGCGCCGCGGCGGGAGCCGGCGCUGCGCGAACGGCUCUCCUCACUGCUCAUGCUGUCUGCCCUGCGCCUGCCCAGCCUCGAGUGAGCCGCCUCCGGAGGGACCGGAGAGCGCGGCAGCGCCGCGGACUCGGCGUGCUCUCCUCCGGGGACGCGGGACGAAGAGGCAGCCCCGGGGCGCGCGCGGGAGGCAUGGAGCGCUGCCCCAGCCUGGGGGUCACCCUCUACGCCCUGGUGGUGGUCCUGGGGCUGCGGGCAGCACCAGCCGGCGGCCAACACUAUCUACACAUCCGCCCAGCACCCAGCGACAACCUGCCCCUGGUGGACCUCAUCGAACAUCCAGAUCCUAUCUUUGACCCUAAGGAGAAGGAUCUGAACGAGACGCUGCUGCGCUCGCUGCUCGGGGGCCACUAUGACCCGGGCUUUAUGGCCACUUCGCCCCCAGAGGACCGACCCGGAGGGGGCGGGGGACCGGCUGGAGGUGCAGAGGACCUGGCGGAGCUGGACCAGCUGCUGCGGCAGCGGCCGUCGGGGGCCAUGCCGAGCGAGAUCAAAGGGCUGGAAUUCUCCGAGGGCUUGGCCCAAGGCAAGAAGCAGCGCCUGAGCAAGAAGCUGAGGAGGAAGUUACAGAUGUGGCUGUGGUCACAGACCUUCUGCCCGGUGCUGUACGCGUGGAACGACCUAGGCAGUCGCUUUUGGCCACGCUACGUGAAGGUGGGCAGCUGCUUCAGCAAGCGCUCCUGCUCUGUGCCCGAGGGCAUGGUGUGUAAGCCAUCCAAGUCUGUGCACCUCACGGUGCUGCGGUGGCGCUGUCAGCGGCGCGGGGGUCAGCGCUGCGGCUGGAUUCCCAUCCAGUACCCCAUCAUUUCCGAGUGUAAGUGUUCCUGCUAGAACUCGGGGGCCCCCUGCCCGCGCCCAGACACUUGAUGGAUCCCCACCAACGUCCCCCCUCCACCCCCACUGCCUCCAACCAGUUCCACCACCCUCUAGCGAGGGUUUUCAAUGAACAUUUUUUUUCUUCUUGGCUACAGAGACCUGGCUUUCUGGUUCAUGUAAUGCACUGUUUAACUGUGUAGGAAUGUAUAUGUGUGUGUAUAUACGGUCCCAGUUUUAAUUUACUUAUUAAAAGGUCAGUAUUAUACGUCAAAAGUUACCCGGCUUCUACUGUAUUUAAAAAAAAAAAAGCAAGCAAAAGGAAAAAAAGAGCAAAGAAAAGAGAGACUUAUUCUGGUUGUUGGUAAUAAUAAUGUUAACCUGCUAUUUAUAUCCCAGUACCCUUCGCAUGGCGAAGCAGGGGGGAAGAGUUAUUUUUUUCUUAAAAGUACAAAGAGAGGGGGAACUUUUGUAGAAGGACUUUUUUUAAAAAAAAAUGCUAUUUUCCAUUCUUCGGAAAGUGUUUUGAUUUUCCUUAGACCUCGAAGAAGUUAUAGAGUUCAAUGUUAUUUUACAGUUAUUGUAAAUAUAGAGAACAAAUGGAAUGACUAAUCAUUGUAAAUUAAGAGUAUCUGCUAUUUAUUCUUUAUAAUAUCCCGUGUAGUAAAUAAGAAAGAAGUGCAGAACAGGAUUAAAGAAAACCACUAAAACCGA